AUGUGUCUCAAAAGAUGUCAUGAUAACAAUCUUUGUCUCAACGUGGAAUACAACAAGAAACAACUUCGAUGUAAGCUGCUGAAAGAUCAUGACGAUGGUAAAGAGACUUUACUUACCCAGCUAAGGAAUGUGACGAAAUGUCAAAAAGGAUUCAAGUUGAGUGUUUGUGAAGAAUUCAUCGAACGUGUUCACUUUUCCUCGGGAGAGUUGAAAUGUGUAUCAAAAGAGCAAUUCAGAAAUGUAGCCCUAGGAAAACCAGCGAAUUUAUCAUCAGUGUGGGAUAGUUAUUCGGAGGCUUUUUACGCUGUCGAUGGGCGUGGAGUUGUCCCGGGAGCUGGACACUGGUACUGUGCACAUUCUGAAGGAAUUGAACCACAUCCCUAUCUCAGAAUUGAUCUGCAGAACCUGUUCUAUAUUGAUCAUAUACUUCUAUUAACACGAGGAGAUUAUGCUGCGGAACGUUUCCAUGACGUGGAAGUCCGUGUAGGCCACGUGACUACGUGGGAGAACAUGACGACCUGUGGUAUGUUUAACGAGAAAAAAACAUUAACUGAUUUUGAUAUUUGUAACAUUGACACAAUCUGGCUAGAGAUAAAUCUGAAAAAUUCAAAACCUAUACUUUAUUGCUCUGCUUAUCGUUCACCAUCUGCCCCCUCCUGCUGGGCGGAGGACCUAGCAAGGGAGGUGGACCGUGCCUCCUGCUGUGACGAUACUGAAAAAAUUCUAACAGAGCAAUAUAGAAAUGUAGCUCUACGAAAACCAGCAAAUUUAUCAUCUGUGUGGGAUAACUAUACGGAGGCUGUUUACGCUGUCGAUGGGCGUGGAGUUGUCGCAGGAGAAGGGUACAAGUACUGUGCGCAUUCUGAUGGAAGAGAACCACAUCCCCACCUAAGGAUUGAUCUGCAGAACCUGUUCUAUAUUGAUUAUAUACUUCUGAUUACACGAGGAGAUAUCAAUAUCACUGCGGAAUAUGUCCAUGACGUGGAAGUCCGUGUAGGUCACGUGGCUACAUGGGAGAACAUGACGACCUGUGGUAUGUUUAACGGGACAGCAGAACCUGGUCAGACUUAUAAGAUCCAGUGUGCCUCCUGCCUUGUUGGCCAAUUUGUAACAGUCAGGAUUGUCGGGGAUAAGAUGAUGCAUGUUUACGGUGGAAAUCAACUAAGUUUAUGUGAGGUCACAGUUUGGGGAAAAAGAUAUUAUAGUUAAAAUAAAACGAAUUCCUGCAAGUAAUUUAUCACUUUGAUUUC